CGCUUACUGGCCUCUCGCUGGUGAACAACGAUGAGCUCGACCGAACACAACUUCUCGGGUGCGCUCGCCACUUGGAAAUCUGUCAACCUCCAUGAACUCCAGAAAACACUCGACGCGCAAGGCAUCGAGAUCGUAGAGAACCAGAAGGAGAAUGUCCUGAGCAGGAAGGGGCUUGCAGAACGCACGAAAGAAUUCAAGAAGAUCCCCGACGAUGAGAAGCUCAAUUCUUUCAAAGGGUUACUCAAGGCAUACCAGCAAGAAAUUGACGGGCUCACAAGACGCUCAAAGGUAGCCGAGUCUGCGUUUCUCAAUGUAUACAAGGUUCUUGCAGAAGCUCCAGACCCCUACCCCCUGCUAGAGGCUGCUGUGGAACAAGCCAUCGCCAGUACCGAAAACGCUUCACUGAGUGCAGAAGUCGCUUCUCUCAAAUCUGAGUUGUCUCGUCUUAGGUCAGAAAAUGGGGAUCUUCGCCGAGAAAGCAGCACACUAGAGGCAACGAAGCGAAAGUUGGAAGUAUUCGAAACAAAGAUGGAUGACCUUAUUGCCGAGAAGGUAUCUCAGAAGGAGAAUGAACUUAAUGCGACAUACGAUGAAAGGAUGAGGAACUAUGAGGAACGCGAGCAGGAUCUCGUUCGCCAAGUUUCCCUCUAUAAAACGCAAUUGCGAGAUCUGCGGCUGUCAAACGAGACUAACCAGGCCAAGCUGUUAGACGUUAGCUCCAAGGCUGACCAGGACCUCGUCUCCCGACUUGCCGAGGCUGAUAUGGUUCUCGUUGACUUGGAACGCGCCAACGACAGGGUAGCAGUCGUCGAGGGUCGCAAUGAAACACUGCGAGCCGAGAUCGAGGCACUGCGUGCAGAGGGCGAAAGCAGUACAAUCGUUUCGUCCCUCCAAGACCGGGUAUCUGUGCUCGAAUCUGCCAAUGCCGACCUUACUGCCCGUCUCGCUACAGCUCAAUCUCAACUUACUACGGCUUAUGCACAACUUACUCAACGCGACGCAGAGUCGGUACGCCGGGCACAGCGCGAACGAGAGGAACUCGCCGAGGAGACAGCAGGGUUGCGUCAGAAGCUCGUAGCAUAUGCUGACUAUGAUGAGAUUAAACGCGAGCUCGAGAUUAUGAAGUACGUUGAAUUUGGCGGUCUCGACGAUGACGACGCAGAUGCAGAUGACUGGUCGUCACAUGAAUCCGAGAGUGGGGUGCACCUUCCUGACCCAAACGCCGACAAGGCAAAUGCGCGACAGGGAAAGAGCCUUGAAGUCCUCCUUGCGGCCAAGAAUAAACGGAUCCUGGAAGAAUUAACGCGCUUCAGGAUUCUCCAUGGUUCCCUGGAACGAUCCCUCAAAGCCACCCAGACGGAGCUAGAGACCGCGCGUUUGGAACUAUCCAAACAAAAGGAACUUAAUGAACAAUUGGAAACGGACCUUCUCGCAGUCGACAAGCGUCCCGUUCCUUCGGGCACUGGAGCUGGCCGCGCAGCCCCUGAUGAUCCACUUGCUGAUUUGAUGCGUGACAUCGGCAAAGAUGAAAGCAGCUCCGCAAUAACCGGAGAGUCUUCUACUAUACACACAACCCCGAUUCCGUUCACUUCCUCUGCAGAUACGAGUAUCUUGCCUAUUGUGACAAGUCAGAGAGAUAGAUUCAGACAGAGAAAUGCUGAGCUUGAAGAGGAACUCCGCAAGCAAUUCCACACUAUCUCCGAACUCCGGACCGAAAUUAAGUCCCUCCAAUCUGACAACUUGAAGCUUUACGAAAAGGUCCGUUAUAUGCAGAGUUACCGCGAACAGGUUUCCGUUUCGCAGCUUGACCCAUUACCUGGGACAUCUGCGGAUGUAUCUGGCGGCAGCACUCGACUCGGCGACGAGCUUAACAAAUGGAGCACACGUUAUGAGGAAGCUAUGAACCCGUUCGAGGCUUUUCGUGGGCGCGAGGCUACAAGAGCGUACGAAGCCCUUAACGUGGUCGAGCGAGGUGUAUUGAUUCUCACCCGUGCAAUACUAAGUAAUCGCCGUGCCAGGACCGCUUUCAUAUGCUACGCUACAGCAUUGCAUUUAGUGGUCAUGUUCACGGUGUACGAGUGCACGACAUCGCCGAGGCCACAGCAAAGGCCGCCGUACUAAUGGUAGUUUACGCAGUGGGCAAGACUUGCCCGUACUGCACCUACGAUCUAUUAGACUACGAUAGGAUAAUGAUGAUGAGGUUGUUAUGAACUGAUG